CUACAGCACACCGUGCAUGGAAGUCUCGGCUAUCGGUAUUCCACUUGGGAUGCGGCGCUGUGUGGCCGUGUAGCUCUGAGCUGACACCUCAUUCGGGUUAUGUAGGGAGCAGCAACAGCAGCAGACAGGGCCCCGGCCUAGGCCAAUGCCUCAUGUUCUGCGUGACGUCACGCACCCGCAUCCUCUCCUGGCGGAACAACGCCUUCCAUCUUCAUCCAGCGUCACGUGACGGGACGCUGCCAUUUCCUGGGUACGGCGGCUGAGCGGGGUCAUCUCCUGGAAGCAGCGGCGGAGCUGUGUGUAGAGUGUGAGCCUGAUGAACGGUGCAGGAUUCUCACCUCCUGGACCAGAAAUGGCAGAGAUCAAUCGUAUGCAGUAUGAGAUGGAGUAUACGGAGGGGAUCAGUCAGAGAAUGAGGGUCCCAGAGAAGCUCAAAGUGGCGUCAAGCAAUGCAGAAGCUGACCCCCAAUCUCAGGUCAACAUGCCAAUGUCUGGUGUCAUCAUGCAAGUUCCGGAGAGAAUUGUGGUGGCAGGGCAAAAUGAAGAGGGCUCUUUUUCAAGACCUUCUGAUCUGGAUCUUAUUCAGACAACACCUUUUGAACCUUUGGCACUAAAGACUCCCCCUCGGAUUCUGACGCUCAGUGAGAGGCCACUGGACUUCUUGGACUUAGAAAGGCCGACACCGGUCACUCCCCAAAGUGAAGAGGUACGAUUCAUGGGGCGCCAGAAAAGAGAGAGGUCCGUCAGUGAAAACCUUGCUCGACAAAAUGGGCAACUCGUCAGGAAUGACUCCAUCCUGACUCCACCUGCCCCCACUGGCCGCCCGUGCCCUGCUCCCUCGCACCCCGCAGAUGGAGCAGAUCUAUUCUCUGCCCGUGGCAUUCUGUCGCUCAUCCAGACCUCCACCCGCAGGGCUUAUCAGCAGGUCCUCGAUGUGCUGGAUGAAAACCGCAGGCCAGUCUUGCGUGGAGGGUCUUCGGCCUCUGCUCCUCAUCAUGAUAAUGCCAGGUAUGCCGUUUCAACACUCGACUCCACUAUGGACGGAACUCCAGAUGACCUAACUGUAGUGGAUGCAGCUUCACUUAGACGACAGAUAAUCAAGCUGAACAGACGCCUCCUACUUCUAGAAGAGGAAAACAAGGAGAGGGUAAAGCGAGAGAUGGUCCUGUACUCCAUCACUGUGGCCUUCUGGCUCUUUAACAGCUGGUUUUGGUUCAGACGUUAAGAACUCCACACAUGUCCCCAUGAGGGACUGUACAGAGACUUCCAAUAAGACCCACCAAACCUUACAACACGACUGUCAAUCGGUGGAGACCUGGGUCCAGAGCACAAAACCGCAGCCAGCAACUGAUAUCUAGGUGAUGACAAUACUCCACACCAAUGUCCCUGGUCUUUCCUCUUCCACCAGCCGGGAUGCAAAGAGUGCAGUCAUUCCUGGCUGUGAUUGGCUUAAAGUAAAAUGUGUGUUUUCAUUCACUACCUGCUCAUAUGGAAUCUGUGCUGUCUUUCAGAACAAGGCUUCAUUUCUUUUUCCUAAAGUGGUAUGCCAGAAUCAUUCCUGACCUGCAAGAGUCAUAUGAACCUGUCCUAUAUGUUUCCAUGAUAUGUUGGUGGGAUGGGGUUGAGGUAACCGUAAGGCAUUAGAGUGUUGAGGAGGCAUAGGGAGAUACAUAGAAACUAUCAUUAUGAAGUGUGGGGUCCUGUAAAUAUGUCCAAACUCUGCUGCUUAUAUCAAAUCUAAUUGCAGACAUAUUACCACUAUGGACUAAAGGGAAAUUAGUCCAAGGUUGUAGCACAGCCAAUUUAACUCUCACAUCCACAGGGACGGAUGGACACUGGGUGGGUUGUGUUACAGUUACACACUUCUUAAAAAUUUACCGUAUUUAUGGUGGAAAAAGUCAGCUGAGUACCACAGAAUUGUAUGUUUAAUAUUUGUAGUGCAAUGUGUUAUCUCAGUGUUGCACCUUGGGGGUAAUUCCAAGUUGAUCGCAGCAGGAUUUUUGAUAGCAAUUGGGCAAAACCAUGUGCACUGCAGGGGAGGCAGAUAUAACAUUUGCAGAGAGAGUUAGAUUUGGGUGGGUUAUUUUAUUUCUGUGCAGGGUAAAUACUGGCUGCUUUAUUUUUACACUGCAAAUUUAGAUUGCAGAUUGAACACACCACACCCAAAUCUAACUCUCUCUGCACAUGUUAUAUCUGCCUCCCCUUCAGUGCACAUGGUUUUGCCCAAUUGCUAACAGAAUUCCUGCUGCGAUCAACUUGGAAUUACCCCCCUUGUCCUUCCAUGUGUGUAUAUCCGGAUAUGAUUCAAUUGUGUUGUGUGUUUAUAUCCGUUGGAAGACAUGAAGAGCAAGGUGCAACUCCAGGUACCUAGGGCAGUGCACUGAGGGUAGCGCUAAUUACAGAAGUCCUUAUCAAACUUGUCCUUGGACUUUGCCAGACAUGAGUUUUUCUUACCAAUCUCCUAGCAGGGGCACAAGUUUCCUAUUCAUUGGCUCAGCUAAUGUGGUACCUUCAGCUUUGCUCCUCAGAAUUGACAUGGUCUAUUGACAGGGUCUGGGGACUGGUUCAAAGCAGCUAUGCUGGAGCAAAGUCUAAUGACCACCGUGUCUCACACAAUGUGAGUUUCAGGCUAUAUCCCCAACAUGCUAUAGGCUGGCAUAUGUCCCUAUUCAGUUGUGAAGAGUUUGCUAGCUCUAGGUUGUCUCUUCUCCAACGCUUCCUUCCUCUAUAAUAAAUCUCUAACGCAGUAUCCCACACCCAAAGGUACAUCUUGUAUAACCUGAACAAAAUAGCAAACCCCAGGGUGCAUUCAUUAACGUGAAGUAAAGAAAAACGGGAUGUUAUUUGAGAGCUUCUUUACCAUGAGUGUGGAUGGGGUUCUCGGAUAUUUCUAAGACUGAAUAAGGGUAAGUGUGCAGAGAUAAAUUGAGAGGUUUCGUUUAAAAAAAUAAAUAAAUAAAAACCCACUUAUUUUAGUGCUUAUUUGUGAAGUUGUAUAGUUAAGAGUAUGUUAAUUUGUGAAUACAAUUUUAAAUGUAUGACCAAACCCAACGUAAAACAUUGGAAAUGUUCAUUAUAAGGUGCACACUGUAGAUGUCUGUUUUCUCUUAGCAAUUGUCAACACAUAAUGCCCCUCAGUGGGCCAUGGAUUGGUGUGGGGUUGGAUGGAGCGGUCCCUCAAUUGGUGUGGGGUUGCACAGAGUGGGCCAUGGAUUGGGGUGAGGCGCCACUCCGUGAACCAUGGAUUAGUGUGGAAUUGCACUUGAGUUCCUGGAGGAUUCUGUAGAAUUAUUUUAUGAUUUAUUUAUCGCUUGAGUGUGUGCUUUUCUUCUUUUAUGAAAUGCAUUUUCUUUAUGUCUGGCUUGUGAACUAUAGAUCUAAAACAGCAAAGAAUAUGUAACUGUACAGAAUACCAAUAAAAUAAAGAAACGG